AUGAAUCCCAAAAUGAAACAGAAACCGAAUGCGGAAAAAUCAUCAGGAUCUUUGCAGAAGUACCUCACAGACACCACGUGUAGUGCUGCCCCAAGACGGACUCUUAAAAUGAUUCAGCCUUCAGCAACAGGUUGCCUGGUUGGCAGACGUAAUGAGAAGAAAUCUUUGGUCAAAAGGAAACUCUGGAAUAACAAGAUCACCUCAAAGGCUUGUAAAGCUGAGGUGUCUGUGGACAAGGAGCAAGAAAAUGAGAAUAUGAAUGAUGUCGUUCAAGCUGUAGAUCUCAUGAUAAAAGGAAGCCCUUCAUCUCAAUAUUGGAAAGAAGUGGCUGAAGAAAGGAGGAAGGCUCUGUAUGAAGUGCUUCAAGAAAAUGAAAAGUUGCACAAAGAAAUCGAACAGAAAGAUGGUGAAAUUGCCCGUCUAAAAGAAGAAAAUGAAGAGCUAAUGUCCCUUGCUGAACAUGUGCAUUAUAUGACCAGCAUGAUUGAGAGGCUAACUGGGCAAGCACCUGACAAUCUUGAGACACUGGAGAGUCUGGCUCUAGAGGAAUCCAAACAAGAAAAUGAAGAGCUCAGCUGUGGAGAUGAUGCAGACAGCCCUUCUGAAGAAGGGCCAUCACAAGUAUCAUGUGACUUAAGGGAGAGUAUAUCAGAUCUCGCUUCAGAGGAAGUAAAUCAUUUGCAGCUGGAAUGA